AUGGUAUUAUCAUUAAAAUUAAGCUCGCAGAAUUACGUGAAAUCAGAAUUGGUCGACAAGAUCGAUAAAUGUCUGAUCUCUUAUGGAACUUUAGUUCUUGUUGUAAUCUGGCUGAGUUAUGUAUUGCAGCAGAAAAAAAUGGUAACUAUCGUUAACGGAUUAUACAGCAUUAAUAACAAUUUUAAAAGUUGUGAUAAAUUCACCUUAAAAAGUGAUUGUCGGUUCUAUAUUCUUUCUAUAAUAAAUUUUUGCCUGUGCUUCGGUAUUAUCGUGAUUGAAUGUUUCAUUUCCGGAGCGUAUACAGCUAUUUUGUGGAUUGUACCAUUCAUCACCAGUAGUUGGGUUUUGAUACAAUACACACUUCUAUUGAAUGUCAUAUCUCAAUUUUUCGAAAGCAUUAAUGCCAAAAUUCUUCAACUCGCCGAUAUAAAUACAGAAAAUUAUUAUCAAACAGCGCUUCGUUCAAAAGUUUCGCUAGGUGAUUUGGCUAUCAAGGAUAUCAAUUGUAUCAGUAAUGCGAUCAUGCAAUUAUGUGACAUUUGUGAUCAGGUCGCGGAUUUUUAUGCGAUUUCAAUACUUCUGAUUAUUGUCUACUUUGUAACAUCUACAACAUUUAAUUCAUAUUUUCUGAUUUUAUCACUAAUCAUUUCAACUAACAACGAUUUGUUGAAACUUUUUUUGGACUUUGGAAAUUGGUUCUUGAUCGUAUCCUUUGAUUUGAUUUCUCUUACUUCAAAUGUCACCAGGAUUACACGAGAAUUUAAGAAAACUCCGCAGUAUGUUUCUUUGCUUCUAAAUCGAUGCGCAAUGAAUUCACCUACUAGAGAAUCACUAUUGGACUUCCUACUUGAUCUAUCUUACAGAAAUGUCAAUUUCAAUGCUUACGGAGUGAUUGCACUUAAUGGUUCUCUUUUGCAAACGAUUUACGGAACUAUUGUUACUUAUCUAAUUAUUCUUAUUCAGUUUCGUAACCAGCAAUAA